CCAUGACCAGACCAACUGCUCAGCCAGACUGACCACAUAUACCCUCGAGAUCUCAAGGACGGAAUGAGAGAGGAUAUAUAUCAUUUAUUUCUCACGUCAGUGGCUGCGGGUAUGGCUGAGUGAAGCUUCCCACAUGAGCAGAGGCCAAGAGCAUGUCUUGCAUCUAGUUUCCAAAACCAUGUCCUUGUACAACGGGUAACUUCAACGUGCUUGCUGUACCUCUGCACGGCAUGGUAGGGCGCCGCAUGGCUACUACCUACCUACGGUUCCCCGCGUUGACCACGAUUCAGUCACGAUCUCUCCACAGCAGCCACACCCGUUGUUCUCUCUAACUGUCCCGUCUCCACUCGUACUUUGCGUAAAGAUAAACUCAAGCUAUUAUUGAAAUGACCUAGCUGGAUCUCCUUAAGCAUGGCGAUCUCUCUACUCUCAGAUAUCCUCGGCGGUAAACCUACCGACGAGUCAGACACGAGACCUCACACGACCUCUCGCUCUGGCUCUGGCUCUCGUUCACUUCUUUCCCCCAUAUCUCCAGCUCUGAAAUCUCAAGAUGACAAGACAUGAGAAGAUCUGAUCGGACGGAAAGGACAGCGGUGUUCUUCACCUUCCAGAAGCAAACAACUCGCCUCGGAAAGCCACGUUGACAAUGUACCAACAUCCUGACGUACCGCAACCAUAUCACAAGCUACAUCAUGGAUGUUGCUCUUAGAAGUCCAACGGACCUAUGAUGCAGUCGUCUGAUGUCUAGGCCGUGCCACGACUUGCUUAGCCCUGCCCUGCCCAGCAUGUAAAUCUAUCUACCUGGCAGGUGCAGGCCAGCUAGCUAGCUUCUAUCAGUAUCCGUACCGCAUCUGCUCAGAUCCACUAGGUAGGUACAGCUGCCACCUGUCAGCAGUAUGAAAAAGGGGGCCCUGUCCUGUCCGAGAAGUGCCGCUCGGUGCACCUACGUAUGGAUGGGUGUCUGUCAUCUGAUUUGAUCGUAUGGCCGAGUAGGUUGUUGUUAGCUCAUUGUAAUCUUAAGGACUGAGUCGGGAGACAUAUAUGUGUGGCUUGCUUGAGGUGGUCUUGGAUUUUGUUUCUCGUCUUGUCUGUCUUGCCUUUUCGUCAGGCGCGCUUUGCUUGAUUGUUGAUUAUUAGACUUUGACGUUUUGGCUCGGUAUGUUAUAGUGGGAGCGAAAAUAAGGUAUGUUGUCAUUUGUCUUGAUGAGCUGGGCUUGUUGGCUAGAUGAACGAUGAAACUCUCUACGAGGAGUUAUUUCUUGCACUCAAGUACUAACAGGUGGUUAGUAGCAGCCAUGAUGAUCUCUCUCACUCUCCUCAUCACCUUUGCAGCUAUCUUCUCUCAUCAGAGGUCGACAGUAGAGGCUGCUGGGUGCUGGAGGAACACAGCAUGUACCGGUCCCAAGACAGCCGCCUUCCCAGGCGACUGGGACAAAUACAAUUAUGCACCAACUAGCCGAACCGUAUCCCCAAUCAGCUACUUUGCACCCGGAGGUGGAGCAUCAAGCAAUUUUCCUGCUUCAUCAGCAGUCACCCUGAAAGGCAACAACAAUCAACUAGUUUUCGACUUCGGCAAACUAGUCGGCGGCAUCGUGACCGUGUCGUACAGCGCAACCGGCGGAGGAAAUCUCGGUAUGGCAUUCACAGAAGCUCGGAACUGGACGGGUGAGAACUCAGAUAGUUCCAACGGGUCGUUCAAUCCAGAUGGUGCUGUCGUCACGGUAGUGACGACAACAGCCGAAGCGAACUUCACAAUGCCAGAUGCAAAACUCCGAGGCGGAUUUCGAUACCUCACGCUCUUCACACAGACCUCCAACCAAAUCAACGUCAACAUCCACGACAUAACUGUCGAGAUCGCAUUCCAGCCCACGUGGCCCAACCUUCGAGCCUACCAAGGCUAUUUCUCAUGCAGUGAUCCGCUGCUCAACAAGAUCUGGUAUGCGGGUGCGUAUACGCUGCAGACGAACGCCAUUCCGCCGAAGACGGGGAGGCAGUUUCCGAUUUUGGGGAGUAGCUGGAGUAAUGAUUAUGACUUGUCGUUGGGCACGGGUGUAGAUUCUGUGUAUGUCGAUGGGAGUAAGCGGGAUAGGACGGUUUGGCCGGGGGAUCUGGCGAUUGCGGUGCCGAGUAUUUUGGUCAGCACGGGGGAUUGGGAUGGGGUGAGGAAUACGUUGGCGGUGCUGUGGAAUGAUCAGACGAGUGCGGGUGAACUCCCUUUCGCAGGACCUGGGAUCAAUAUCUACGGCUCGGAUACCUAUCAUAUGGCCACUCUCAUCGGGACAUACGAUUACUAUCUCUGGACCGCCGAUCAAGGAUGGCUAAACACUAUCUAUCCCAAGUAUCAGAAGGCGAUGGCCUUCAUCACUGGCAAGAUUGAUGGCACAGGUCUAUUGAAAGUGACAGGAACGAAUGAUUGGGGUCGUGUAAACCAGGGUGGGUAUAAUACUGAGGCGAAUAUGCUGAUGUAUAAAGUCCUCACGUCAGGAAGUCAGCUAGCUGGGUGGGCGGGCGAUUCGGCGUCGUCGACGAAGUGGCAGGGGAUGGCGGAUACGUUGAAGAUUGCAGUGAACAAGAUGAAUUUUGAUUUUGCUGCUGGCGCAUACAAAGACAGCUCCACAGACAACUCCAUCCACCCCCAAGACGGCAACUCCCUCGCCCUCCUCUACUCCAUCCCACCUCCCAACCUCACCCUCUCCGUCUCCACAGCCCUCACCAAGAACUGGCUUUCAAUCGGCUCACUCGCCCCGGAACUCCCCAAUAACCUCGUCGGCUUCGGCCAAUCCUUCGAAAUAAAAGGCCACUUCUCCGCCAACCAACCCCUCCGCGCACUCGACCUGAUCCGCCGCGCCUGGGGCUGGUACCUCUCCUCACCUUCCGGAACGGGGAGUACGUGCAUUGAAGGGUACCUCUCGGAUGGGAGCUUUGGGUAUAGAUCCCAGUAUGGGUAUGCGAAUGAUUAUAGCUAUACGAGUCAUGCGCAUGGGUGGUCUACUGGGCCGACGGAUGCGUUGACGACGUUUGUGGUUGGACUUAAGGUUAAGGGGCCGGGGGGGAGGGAGUGGGAGGUUAGUCCGCUGAUGGGGGAUUUGAAGAGUGCGGAGGGGGGGUUCACCACGCCGUUGGGGAGGUUUAGUGCGAGGUGGGGGGUGGUGGAGGGGGGGUAUACGUUGGCUUGGGGGGCGCCGGCGGGGACGAAGGGGAGUGUGGUUUUGCCUGGGAGGCAGGGUGGUGCUGGUGGGGUGAGGACGGUGAGUGUGGAUGGGAAGGAGAGGGCUGUGAGUGCGCAGGAGGUGGGUGCGGAUGGGAGGGUGAGGUUUGAGGUUGAGGGGGGUGAGCAUAGUUUGGUGGUUGGGUUUUGA